CCGCCAUUUGCAGUUAUUCGCUUGCAUUCAUUUGCGUUCGUUGCAUUCGCUACGAGUUCAGCUUUUCUUCGCUAACAUCGUCACGUUUAGCAUCAUCAUCUUGCAUUAGGAACACAAUGUCGUUUAAUCGAGGAAUAAAAAGAGAUUCCUUCGGAAAUCGAGGGAAUUACAAUCGAAGCAGUAGUGGAGGCAGCAGCGGCGGUGGCAACAGAGUCAGCAAUAACAUGGGUAACAGUGGCAUGGGAAAUAACAUGAGUGGAGGAAUGAGUGGGAGCGGAGGUAUGGGUGGAAUGAAUCCCUGGGAGAGUGGUAUGAUGCCCGGUAGAGGUAUUUUACCCACGCCUAAUAAUAAUCUUUCCCUGGCAUCGCCACAAACUCAGCUAGCGAUUGCUAGCAAUCUUCUUACCAAUCUACUUCGCAGUCAGCAAGAAGUGCAACCACAGGUACCGUCUCUCAUGAGCCUUGGAAAUAAUUAUUCCGGUCCAGGACCGAAUUAUCCGAAUCAACAAAACUAUUCCCCCAGACGGUUCAGCGAGCGACCUGUGCGGCAUCCUAUGAAGAACCAACGUCCUCAGCCUUACAACAAGAUGGGCAAUCGAGCCCGAGAAGGCCCCGCUGGGCGACGUGGCCCAUCCGCACAACAAUCUCGUGCACCCCAGUCUGGCAGUCAACGUAUGAACGGAAACCAAAUGCAACAUCGCAACGAUAAAUCUUCUAAACCAAUUCCUGCCUCUAAACAAAAUCAGACUGCCAAAAAGGAACAGCAGGAUGUUAAGACCUCUGAUAGUGAAAAAGCAGAACCGCCUGUUCCGAAAAGCGAUGGAGCGGACGAGUCUGAGGACAAGAAGCGCGAUAGGAAGGAUGAGAAGAAGGAGACAGAAGAAGUAAUUGCAAAAACAGAAAGUAUAAAAGCAGAAGAUACUGAGAAAAAAGUGGAAAAGUCUGCGGAAGAUUCCGCAUCAAAGGAAGCAAAAGAAUCUGGCAAAAACGAGAAGGAAAAUGCGAAAGCGACCGGCAAGAAAUCGGAAGCUAGACACGCCGAGAGUCGUUACGCCGAAGUCCCGAUGAAUCACAUGUUUUGUCACAUUUGCAACAAGCAUAUGUGGGACGGAUUUUCUUUUGAGAAUCAUUUACGCGGACGUGCGCAUCAGCUGAUGAUGGAAAAGUUGGACGAAUCGUACAAAUUAAAGGUCGAUUUGAUGAGGCAUGAGUUGCGAGUUGCUGAAGAACAGCGCGAACUUAGCUUGAACAACUCGAAGCGACGCGGCAAAAAAGUUUCUGUAGAUUUAAGUACGAGAGAAUACUGUACAAUGUGUGAUUUGAACUUUUAUGGAACUUUGUCCACGCAUAGAAAGAGCGAGAAGCAUCAACAACUGAAAACAUUUUUGCAUCCCCGAUGCUUUCCCUGUUUAAAGGAGUUCCCAUCUCGCAUAGAAUAUGAUGAGCACUGCUUAACACCCGCUCACAUGAAGAAUGCUGUUCAGUGCGAGGAACAACGGAAAAAUAAGAAGAAAGAAAAACUGGCAAAGGGAGAAGCUGAAGUUCGUACUGCAGAAGAUGAGGAGAAAGAUGUUUGCCAUGAUGUAAAGAACGAAAAAGAAGAGGAUUCAGGAGAACAAGAGUAUAUUAUAGAUAUUACAGAAAAUAUAAAUGAGAAAAAAUUCAAACUACCGUCUUACAAGUAUUGUCGCCAGAAUCAAGUCUUGAUUGGUAAAUCUAUGGUCAAAGAGGCUCAAGGAUUUUAUUGCGAGCGUUGUCGACGAUUUAUGUUAUUGGCUGAAGAUAUGAACGCUCAUUUGCGCAGCAUCACUCACUAUCGAAACUUUGUAGCGGAAGUGAAAUCAUUGACAACAAGUGCAGCAGCUCCAGAAUCGAAGGAAACUGUUUCAACUGACAAUGAAAAAAAUGAUAGCGAAAUUCAGGAUAAUUCAGAUGGAAAUUGGAAACGUCGUAAGAUCAGUAAUGACGAUGAUGAGAGUGAUGACAAGCUAAACGAUACGCUAGAUAGUGAUAGCAUGAAUGUGACACUGAAGAAGUCGGAUGGUGAGGAGAAGUACGAUCCGUUGGAAGCCGACGCUGCCGAAUCGGAGGAAGAUGAUAAUCGCGAAGUGGAGGAAGAAGCGAAGGAAACUACGACGGGAAAUGCUAACGCGCAGGACUCUAAAAAGACAGCGGUGGACGAAGCAUGGGCAGACAUAACUAACGAUGUAGACGUUGAAAUGGGUAAUCUGAUUGACGAUGCGGACGAAAAGGAGCAUGCCGAUCAUGAAAAACCCGUGCAGAAAGUAGAGCGAAAUCAUAGUCCUCAAGUGAAGCCGGCCUCUCGCGGCCGUGGAUACGCGCGCAUUCGCGGUGGUCCACGUGCCAGGAGAGCUCGGCGAUAAAGUAAAGUGACGCCAUGAUUUACGGAAGUACGAAAAUAAAUAUGCGAGAAAAAUGUGUUGCAGGAAGAUUUCAAUCAUAUGUUUCAUGUUUAAAUAACUUUCACUGAUACAAAUAAAACACAUUAUCGAAAUAUAUUCGGAAAUAAAUACACUUUACGUUUAUGAACAUGUAAUAGGUGUGAGCAUGUAAUAGCGUAAAGGUAUCAAUCUAUAAAGUUAUUAAUCUAUAAGCGACCUAUUUUGCUAGCAUCGCACACCGGAGGAGAAAAUAUGUAGACAAGAAAUGUUGGAAUUUUUGUACCAGUAUGGACUUAUAAUCACACAUUGCUAUUUUUUUUAUGGGGAAACUCAUUGAUAUAUAAACGGCGCUAACUUGUGAAGAAAAUUAUUGGGUAUUUUAUGUAAUUAUGAAUAUAAUUAGGCAGAAACAAUUGUGGCAAUGAUACCAAAAAAAUGACAGUUCUUCUUUUAAUGUAAGUGAAGACAAUGAUGUCAUUGAUAUUGAAAUCUAAGCAUACAAUAAUAUACGUUAUCAUGUACUGGAUGUCAAAUGCAA